AUGAGAGCUGCUGCAAAUCCCGACCCGCGCGUCCUUCGAGCUGUUCUCGCGCGCCAAGAACCAACCGAUCCUUCAGAAGACGGUGGUAACAAUACAUCAAAUACUUUCGGACCCAAUAGCGCAGUUCAAACACUAGGCCAACAGCCAAUCAACACGCCUCUCCUGCAGGCGAUUCGGUCUCAGUUGGUUCGGAAUGUUGACAUAUUACUCGAGUCUGGAGCAGAUCCAAACGGAAUUGAUAUAAAGUCUCUUGAAACAUAUCAAUCUUUUUUCCUCCGCUUUCGACCCAGCAUCCCAGACUAUGUCGAUAUUGAUGGCGACGUCGCGGACAGGAAACCGCUUUUGAGAUGCAUGAAAUUAUCGUAA